AUGUUCGUUUACUACGAUCAGCGGAACACCUUUACCAGUGUACACAAGCAAGAUAUUCUUCAGCACUCGACUCGAAAGAAACUAGUCGCGGACCGAUAUACCAAAUCUUACGUCACUAAGCCCAAUGUCGCCGACAUGAUUCGACAGCACGCUGAGGUAUUGAUGAAGAAGAUCCAACAGCAGCCGAUUAUCGAUAUGUAUCUAUGGCUACAUUACUACGCCAUUGAUACGGUUACGAAUCAUGUCUAUGGUGCAUAUGGUACCAAAACUUUGGAGGACGAGGCCCACCGAGAUCUAGUCUACGAUCUUUCUGGCGUUAAACACCGGAGUCGAUUAUAUUUUACUUUUUACUUCAAGGAUUUGUUGCUUCUGACUGAGACAAUCAAGCGUUUCUAUCGAUGGCUUCGGAAUCAGCCUACGGGUUUCCAUGUCCGUGGAAGUCGACUCAACAAUUAUGGUUUGGAGUCUGUGAAGAGUAUCGGCAAUGAUCCUGACAUGCAUGCGGAGUCGACAGCCGGGAAGCUCUACUCUGUCAUCUCUGGAAAUCCACACGGCAUUGCUGCCGAGUGCAUGGACCAUUUGGUAGCUGGUGUAGACACAACAGGAGAUGCCAUGUGCAUUCUUAUGUGGAGAAUUUCCACCCCCGAGUUCCAGCAUGUGCAAGAGAAAUUGUUUUCGGAACUAUUCUCUAUUGAUGGAGAGUUUGAUCCACGCAGUGGCACGGCUCCAUUUACAGUUUUGGAUAAACUACCUUAUCUCGAUGCAGUUAUUCUGGAAGGUCUCCGUUGGAGAGCACCUGUGCCAAUGUCGCUCUUCCGAAUGUGCCCUCCUGAAGGGCGUAUCGUCGAGGGUCAUCAUAUCCCCGGUGGCACAACAGUGAGCUGUCAGGCCUAUAGCCUCCACCGCAUUCCCGAAGUUUUCCCAGAUCCAGACAAGUAUGAUCCGGAACGGUGGUUGACGCAGGACAAGGAAAAACUAUCCGAAAUGAAGGCCCAUUUCUGGCCAUUCAGUUCGGGGGCCCGCGCAUGCUUGGGCCAGAAGUAA